ACACAAUAAUAAUAGAGACAAAAAUGAAACAUCUAAUUUUUUUGUCUGUCUUUAGAAGUGUCCAAAAAAAAGUAAAAUAUAUAGUAAGCAAAAGCACCUUAUCCAUAUUGACAUAAAUUUCAAAAACUACAUAAAGAAAUAUAUUAACACUGAUUUAAUUUGAGCCUGUUAUUCCCAUUUUCAACAUGGUGUAUCGGAAUUGUAAGCGGGUGUUGUGUGCUGUUACCUUACCCAAACUGUUGGGAGGAGUGACGUUGAUGUCCACGCUGUUUGUUAUACUAACACACCAAAACUACUUGUUUAGUCGUGCAGAUAGUUCUCGGUACAUGAUCAUCAGUUAUUUCAAUACACGUUCGAAUGAAUCACCUGAGGAACCGCAAGCCUGUGUACACCCUGAUCUUCAGGUCGAUGAUCCAAUAAUGCUAAACUUUACCAAAGCGGCAGAGCCUAUAAUAUGUAGGGGCUACACCAAUUGGGCCACCGUUGAAAACGGGACUGUUCGUUACACGAAAAUCGCCUUAAACUACCACGGCGAUUUUAAGUGUGUUUACUAUCCUUUGAUUCGAGGCCCAGGGGAUUAUAACAUUACAUUUGGUGAGCCUUUUCCUGUGAAAAAUGGAAGUCCUUUAGUGUCGAAUUUCUUCAAACUUGAAUGCAACUCUUCUUUAAAAAGGACACAUUAUUUAAACGUCCACGCUGGUGUGUUUGUGAACCAGACGAUCAAAGACAGGCUCAAGCUGACCAAACCUCCAGCCAACGGUCUGGGACUGUCUGUGGCGCUACUAGGGUUUGAUUCCAUGUCCAGAAUGUCCUGGCUGAGACGGAUGCCAAAGACCAGAGAGUAUCUGGUCAACACGCUAAAGGCGAUAGAGCUGGAAGGUUACAACAUCUUGGGGGACGGGACGCCGGCGGCGUUGUUGCCGAUCCUGACCGGCAAGCACGAGCAUGAGCUACCGGAAGCCAGGAGAAAGAUGAAUCAUUCUAGACCCGUGGAUGGGCAUCCGUGGAUCUGGAAACAGUUCCAGAAACAUGGUUACGUCACUUCCUGGGCAGAUGCAGAAGUAUUAAUCGCACCGUUUAACUACAGGAUGAAGGGGUUCGAACACCAGCCCACUGACUACUUCAUGAGGCCAUUUUACUUGGCCGUGAACCCGAUGUACAGGAAAUACAGCCGUAUGUGUCAUGGAUCCGAACCCAAACACAUGGUCUGGCUCAACUGGAUUCGUGACAUUUUCUACAUGUACAAAGACGACCCGAAGUUUAUGGUCCACUUCUACACACCACUGAGUCACGACGACAACAACCUCAUUACACUGUAUGUCUAUCUGGCUGAAAGGAACGCUCUAAAGAAUACAAAACGAAUAAGGCAAGAGUGA